CCCCCCCCCCCCCCCUCUCUCUCUCUCUCUCUCUUAUUCAUCUUCAUAGCUCAGUUUUUCAUAGUUUAAACUCCAAAAAUCACAUGCUUUUUUCUAACACCUCACGAGAAUCUUGAACCCUUCUUUGUGAACUUGUAUUGCUUUCUGGGGUAGGGAAAUUUUGGGGGGAUUUGUGAAUGUUGGUUUUGCCAUGGAUCUGGUUGGAUCUUCAGUUCCAGAUAGAUUCCUACUUGGUUCAUUGAUUUGAGGCAAAAAGUUUUGUUUUUUAUGGUUUGAUUUAGCUUCUGAACUGGUUGGAAAUGGUGGGUCAGUAUAAGUGAGGAAGAAGAAGGAGAAAAAGGGAGUGUUGUUAUUGUUAAGGCUAGAAUAUGAAGAAGAAGGUGGUUCAGCAGAAACCUCAGCACAGAUGGAGGAGGAAGGUUUUGACUUUGAUGUUUGUGGGAAUAUUUUUUGGAGGGUUGUUGUUUAUGCAGACAAGGUGGUACACUCAUGUUGUUGGGUUGGUUCCAUUGAAUCACCAUCAAUUCCUUGUUUCUCAGCCUCAUGUUCAGAGCCCCAAGAUUGCAUUUCUCUUUAUUGCACGAAAUAGGCUUCCUUUGGAGAUGGUUUGGGAUGCAUUCUUUCGGGGGGGUGAUAGCAAAUUCUCUAUUUUUGUCCACUCGAGGCCGGGGUUUCUGUUCAACCAGGCAACAACUAGAUCUACAUAUUUUUUGAAUCGUCAAGUCAAUGAUAGCACACAGGUAGACUGGGGAGAAGCAAGCAUGAUAGAGGCCGAGCGCAUUUUGCUUAGACAUGCACUUGAUGAUCCUCUAAAUGACCGUUUUGUUUUUCUCUCAGAUAGCUGUAUACCUUUGUACAACUUCAGCUACACUUAUGAUUACAUCAUGUCAACAUCAACUAGUUUUGUCGACAGCUUUGCCGACACAAAAGAAGGCCGUUACAAUCCAAAAAUGCAUCCUGUUAUCCCAGUUCAUAACUGGAGGAAAGGAUCUCAGUGGGUUGUUCUGACAAGAAAGCAUGCUAGGAUUGUAGUGGAGGAUGAAACGGUCUUGCCAAUGUUUCAACAGUACUGCAAGAAAAAGCCACUACCAGAAUUUUGGAGGGAACAACACAUUCCUGCUGACACAUCAAAGUUGCAUAACUGUAUACCAGAUGAACACUAUGUCCAGACAUUAUUGGCUCAAAAAGACCUAGAAGGAGAAUUGACAAGGAGAUCACUGACACAUACUUCCUGGGAUCUUUCGAGCUCCAGGGAACGUGAACGCCGGGGAUGGCAUCCGGUGACUUACAAGUUCUCGGAUGCUACACCUAUGCUUGUAAAAUUUAUAAAGGAAAUAGAUAAUAUUUAUUAUGAGACUGAAUACCGAAGAGAAUGGUGCAGCAGCAAAGCUAAACCAUCCACUUGCUUCCUUUUCGCGAGGAAAUUUACCCGGCCGGCUGCGAUACGGCUUCUUAACAUGUCUGUUCUGGAAUACUUAAAUUAAGAGAACAAAAAGGCUCAAUAAUAAUUAUAUCAGAGGUUGGUAGAAGCACAAAGGAGAAAAAAAUUACUUGGUAAAGAAAUAAGGUGGAGGAAUGAAAAUAAAGCAGAAGCAGCUGAAAAUGAUUGAUGACCAUUCUGAUCAUAUUGUACAAUGAAUUUUGUAUACCUUAGAAAUUGUGGCUGUGUGUGAAAAUAUUGUACUACAUUCUUUUAUUGGCAGAGUUGAUGUACAAUGUUUGAGAUAUGCUCUUAGUAAUUAGUAUAGUGAAAUGAAAAAAGGGUGAAGAGAAAAUUGAGUUAUGUAUACCUGCAUGAAAUUAAUGAUUUUGGUCCUCCAUA